GAGAGGGGAGCUAGGGGGUGCGGGCAGCGAGGAUCGCGCACAGGAGACGAGAGGAGAGAGCGACUCGACGCGCUCUCGGAGCGACGCUUUUGUGAUUUGUUGUUGUUGUUGUUGCUCUGCUCGGAAAUAUAUUUGCUUUAACACAAAACAAAACAACAUUCGUCGGAGUCAACUCCCGCAGCAGCAGCGGCGGCGGCGGCAGCGGCUGCGGGAACAGAAAGAGCAGCGGCAACUCAAGGAUCGUCAGUGUCAUCAGCAGGACCAUCAUCAUCAUCAGCAGCAGCAGAAGCAGGGACAUCAAUCAGAAACAGCAGCGCAAUUAUCAGCGUGCUGCAGCAACCCAAGGCAGCGGGAGCAGCAGCAGCGGCAGAAUCAUUAUCUGCAGAGUCAUCCUAAUCAGCAGAAUCAUCAUCAUCAGCAUCAUCAGCCGGUGAGAUGGCGCUCUACCUGGGCGUACGGCAGUACCACGUCAUCGGGGAUUACGGCGCUCGCUUCUCGUUCCUGAGUCGCGGGGGGGACUCGGGACUCAAUUCCCCGGGGGGCAGGAAGAAGACCAAGGGGACCGGCUCUCGACGCGGCUCGGUCGCCUCCUCGUGCGGCCCCGAGCGCACCGACUCCCCCGCGCCGCUCAAGAGCGUGCGAUUCACGGCCGACGUGGAGUUCCUUGACAACGUGAGGCAGGGAGACGUGGAGCAGGUGGAGGCUUUCGUCAAGGGCGGGGAGCUCUCCCUCGACACCAUCAACACGUCCGGCAUGGCGGCGCUGCACGAGGCGUCUCUGCGUGGCCACGUGGAGGUGGUGGAGGCGCUCCUGCGAGGGGGGGCACGGAUGGAGCUGCGCACCGAGGGGGGGGUCACGGCGCUGCACCUCGCCUGCUCGCAGGGCCACACGGCCGUCAUCAGACAUCUUCUCCGGAAGGGCGCGUCCCCCGUGGCGCUGUCCGAAGGCGGCGACCUCCCCGAGGACCUCCUGCCCCGGGGCCGCUCCGACAUCCGGCAGAUGCUGCGCGCGGCGCGCAGGGGAGUCUUGCCUGACGACUAAAGGGGUCGCAGGGACCCCCCCCCCUCUCAACGUGCCCCCCCUCCAACCCCCCUCCCCGGCGCGAGGGGUGACCCCUGCGAGCGGGGGGCCAGCCACGUGCGGGGAGCGCGCUCAGGGACCCGGGGGACCCCGCUCAGGGGAUCGCUUGAACCCCGACUGAGAAAUCGGAUCGAGGGUUUCAGAUCCGGCAUGAGGAUCACGGGCCCAAGUCCAGCGUCUGGAUCGCGCGGAGUGGAGUCGGGAGGCGACUGGAAGCCACGGGCUCCAAUUUACAAGACUCGGACGCGAAAGUCUGGAUCAAGGACUCCUCGGAUCCAAGAACUCGGGAAUUCUGGACACGGAUCGAGAAUUCAUAUUCAGGAGCCCCUUGCGGUUCCUGCCAGUGGAGAUCCCGAGAGGACCCCCUGAGUUCCAGGGGGUACCUGCACCCCCCCCCCCAUCUCUUUCCCAAGGCCCACCGCCUCAAGCCUCACCCACACCCCCCUCAUCGGGGGGUGAACUACCCCCCCCCCCCUGUAGCUGCGUCGCGUAUAUAUUUUUGUACAGGGCUGGAGAUUGUCAACGUUUCUGUCGGUAAUGUUUCCAUCAUUUUAAAUAAAAUCGCUUUCAUUCA